AUGAGUAAUUUAUCUAUAAAAACUAGAGAAGAAUACGAAGAAAGCGAGUGUUCUGAAGGGAGUAUUGUGGAUACUUCAUUACUAAAUUGUGAUCCGCCGAUAACUGUUGGACCCAUUACAAAUUGUGAUGCAAAAUAUGCAAAAUGUGGACAUUGGACAACUUGUGACAAGGAAUGUGGAAAAGAAAAAAGUUUUCAACCCUCUAAGCUUUGUGGAUCAAGAGGUGCUCCAUAUGGACCUUACGGACCGUGGAAUAAAAAAGGACCAGCAACAUUUAUUUCACCAAAAUUGGAUUUUCUGAAAAAGGUUUAUCCAACUCAUUUUGUGAAACGGAAAAGUUGUUCUCAACCACUAAGCAAAUUAACACCAUGGCCAUUAAGUGGCUCGUGUCGAUAUGCUGGCCGUCCUUAUGGCCCUUGCCGUCCAUCUGGAGCAUAUAAAAGUCGAGGACCAUUUGGCGUUUGGGUGUGCAAGUAUUGGCCUUCAUGUUAUCGUCCACAAACUCCAAUCCAAAAAUGUUGGCCUCGAAUGAAAAGUGGUUACAGACCAAAAACUCCAUGUCAUCGACCUUUGUUUCGUCCUUGCACACCGUGCAUAAAUUAUUCUCCCGCAAUUCUAUUUUUAGACAAACAUAAACCAAUCUGCCUGAAAAAGAUGUUUUGCCUAAGACUUUUUAAGUUGUCUUCUGGAGUAUCUACGCUCAAUAGAGCGUUCAGUAUCACACUUACCUCUGAAUUCCGACAAAUACCCACUAAAAGACUUUCACUUUUGAAGCAUGUUAAAGUUACAGCAUUUUAUUGCACUCAAGUCAAGAAAAAUAUUCUUGCUACGAAAACAGUUAAAGGGACAACCUAUCUGCAAGAAGCUUACGUGAAACGAAAAGAAAAAUUUAAAGAGAAGAAACAACAAAUCGAGGAAAAUAUUCGCGACACAAAAACGAGAGUUCGAGUGAAAGUUGAAGAAGUGAUCGAGCGUGAAAAUAUUUUCACGAUUCCCAACUGGUUGUGUGUUGGUCGCAUUUUCAUGUCGCCUUAUCUUGGAUAUGUGAUCAUUCAGAAUGAAUUUGCACUUGCAAUGGGUUUAAUGAUUGCCGCCGGUUUGACUGAUCUAGCAGAUGGGUACAUUGCUAGAAACUGGAAAGGACAAAAAUCAAACUUUGGAUCAUUUCUCGACCCGUUAGCAGAUAAAUGUUUAAUGGGAACUUUAGUUGUCUCAUUGGGUUAUUGUAAUUUGAUGCCACUUUGGCUGGCUGCAACAAUUUUAUUCAGAGACGUUUUCCUUAUCGCAGCUGCAUUUGUUAUUCGGUACAGAAGUUUACCACCAACACAUCGAACUUGGACACGAUAUUUUGACGCAACUCAUGCAACUGCCCAACUUGCUCCAACUUUUACAAGUAAAGUGAACACUGCUGUUCAACUAUUCGCGGUUGCGGCAUCGUUAGGAGCUCCAAUAUGGAACUAUGUUGAUCAUUCGGCACUUCAUGGUCUUUGGUAUUUGACAGGAGUGACAACAGCAGCAGCAGCAAUAAGCUACUUAGUAAAGAAAGACACGUACAAGUAUCUUCGGAGGGAAAUAAAAAGAAAAUAA